AUAAUACAUAGUUUUCUGUCAACUCUUGACGUAUUUUUCUUGCCUUGUUAUAGUUUAUAUAGUUCUAAUAAAAUCCUGCAACUGAACCAGAGUAACAAUAAUAUGAUAAUAGUUUAAUUACGAAAUAAGGCUUUUACUACAUAUGAUUUCAAUGUCGGAAAGAAAAGAUUACAAUAUCAAAGAAGCCGAAUGGGGCGUCCAUCUGGAGGGAAAAUUACGUGAAGACAACAAAAUUCAAGGAACUAUUGAAAGCUUUGAUUUAAGCCUUGAUGCAUUAGAGACCGACAUGAAAAAAGCCCUUUCAACUCAUAGAUCUCCACUUCUGAGCAUAGAUGAACAAAUUAAAUUAGACAGUUAUCUGGUAUACUUAACAACCACGUUAUAUUGGAUGUAUUUAAAGUUACAGGGCUCAGAUGUGUCUAAGCAUAGUAUAAUACAUGAUUUGGGUCGCGCCAAAGAAAUUCUGCGUAGAAGCAAAGAAUUAAAUGCCUCACUCGAAGCUCCUCGUUUAGAUAUGCCUGCUACCAAGCGAUUUAUUGCUGCUGGAAUGCAUACACGUUUUGUGGACAUGGACGGCGUUAUGGUUACUGAAGAACAGUACAAACGAAGUCUUUUGGAGGUUGGGAAUAAUAAGAUAGAUAAAUAGUUUUUUUUUUUUAAAUAUAAGGUUACAGAAAUGUGAAGUUUUGUGUUCAUGUAAAAACUUGUGUACAUACAUACAUAUGUAUAAUUCGAAAUAUUUUUCCAUUUAUAAUAGCCAAAAUGUAUAAUAACAGUUAAGAGAACGUUUUCUUGGUACUACAA